AUGGAUGUCACGGCCCUUCGAGACCGCAUCCAGUCUACUUUAGACUCGAAUGCAAGCAAUCGCCAACAGGCGGAGUUGGACCUGAAAUAUGCCGAGACUCAGCCCGGUUUUAUCAAUGCGCUAUUGGAUAUCUUGCAAGGAGAACAGAACAAUGCCGUUCAGCUUUCCGCCGGUGUCUACUUGAAGAACCGUAUCAGUCGAGGAUGGGCUCCUGCUGAAGAAAACCCCUCGCGGCCCUCGAUUCCCGAAGCUGAAAAGCCCGGUUUUCGUGAGAGACUGAUCCCUGCCUUGGCCUCCACUCCGCCCAAUGUCCGCGCCCAGCUGGUCCCUCUCCUCCAGAAGAUUCUGCAGAACGAUUUCCCCGAACAGUGGCCCGAAUUUAUGGACCUCACCCUUCAGUUGCUUGGAACCAACGAUGCGAACACCGUCUACGCUGGUUUGCAAUGUUUGCUCGCUAUUUGCCGGGUGUAUCGAUUUAAGGCCGGAGAGAAGCGAGAGGAGUUCGAUAAGAUCGUGGAACACUCGUUCCCGCAGCUCCUGAGUAUCGGACAGAAGUUGGUCGAUGAGGAGAGCUUGGAGGCGGCGGAGAUGCUUCGAAUUAUCGUGAAGGCUUACAAGCACGCCAUUUACUUCGAACUCUCGCCUUGCCUACAGACUCACCAGGCUACUGUGGACUGGUGCACCUUGUUUCUCAGAAUCAUUUCUAAGACACCCCCUGCUAACUCUAUGAGCGAGUUGAAGGAGGAGCGGGAAAUGAACCACUGGUGGAAGUGCAAGAAGUGGUCAUAUGCUAACUUGAACCGUCUCUUCGUCCGCCCUCUACACCCGACUAUACCCCCCUACGCCAAAACCUUCAUCAGCACUUUUGCCCCCGAAAUUCUCAAAGGAUAUCUGCAGGAGAUCGAGAAGUGGGUCUCCAAGUCUCAAUGGCUCAGCAACUCCGCGAUUUCGUACACCUUGGUCUUCAUGGAGGAAUGUGUCAAGCCCAAGGCCAUGUGGGACCACCUUAAGCCGCACAUGGAGAACCUGAUCGCCCACUUCGUUUUCCCCAUCCUGUGCCAGACCGACGAGGAUAUUGAGUUGUUCGAGGAUGACCCAUCUGAGUACUUGCACCGCAAGUUGAAUUUCUACGAGGAGGUUUCGGCUCCGGAUGUCGCCGCUACAAACUUCCUGGUUUCCCUUACCAAGAACCGCAAGAAGCAAACCUUCUCUAUUCUGACCUUUGUCAACAGUGUCGUCAGCAAGUACGAGUCCGCUCCUGAGGACCAGAAGCAGCCCCGCGAGAAGGAGGGUGCUCUUCGCAUGAUCGGAUCUCUUGCUUCUGUCAUCCUGGGCAAGAAGAGCCCGAUUGCGGACCAGGUCGAGUACUUCUUUGUUCGUCACGUUUUCCCCGAGUUCCGCAGCCCCCACGGUUUCCUGCGUGCGCGUGCUUGUGACACCUUGGAGAAGUUCGAGCAGCUUGAUUUCAAGGACCCUAACAAUCUUAUGGUUAUCUACCGCAACAUUCUGGAGUCCAUGACUGACACUGAGUUGCCCGUCCGAGUUGAGGCCGCCCUCGCUCUUCAGCCUUUGAUCCGUCACGAUAUCAUUCGCACCUCAAUGCAGCAAAACAUCCCUCAGAUCAUGCAGCAGCUUCUUAAGCUGGCUAACGAGGUCGAUGUCGAUGCUCUGGCUAACGUCAUGGAGGACUUUGUUGAGGUGUUCUCCGCAGAGCUUACUCCUUUCGCUGUUGCCCUGAGCGAGCAGCUCCGUGAUACCUACAUGCGUAUUGUUGGAGAGCUUCUGGAGCGCAAUGCUGCUAAGGGUGGUGAUGACGAUGGAUACGGAGACUUCCUGGAUGACAAGAGUAUCACUGCAUUGGGUGUUUUGCAGACCAUUGGCACUCUGAUCCUUACUCUGGAGAGCACCCCAGAUGUUCUCUUGCACUUGGAAACCGUCCUGAUGCCAGUCAUCAGCAUUACCCUGGAGAACAAGCUUUACGAUUUGUAUAACGAAGUCUUUGAGAUCAUUGACAGCUGUACUUUCGCCUCCAAGAACAUCUCACCCACCAUGUGGCAAGCCUUUGAGCUGAUCCACAAGACCUUCAAGGCCGGUGCUGAGCUGUACCUUGAGGACAUGCUUCCUGCUCUUGACAACUAUGUUGCCUACGGCUCUGACAUGCUGGUUCAGAACCCUGCCUACCUUGGCGCCGUUGUCGGCAUGGUUGAGGAUAUCUUCCGUGACGAGAAGGUUGGCGGUGUUGACCGCAUUUGUGGUUGCAAGCUUGCCGAGACUCUCAUGCUUAACCUCCGCGGUCACAUCGACCAAUACAUUCCCCUGUUCAUUGAGUUGGCCAUGGUUGUUAUUGAUGCCGGCGAAGCUCGCACCAAGUCUUACCGCAUCCACCUGAUGGAGAUGGUCAUCAACGCUAUCUACUAUAACCCCGUUCUGAGUCUUCAGGUUCUCGAAGCCAAGGGCUGGACUAACAAGUUCUUCAGCACUUGGUUCUCUAACAUCGACAACUUCCGUCGUGUCCACGACAAGAAGCUGUCUAUUGCUGCCAUCAGCUCGCUCCUCACUAUGAAGGCGGGUGAUGUUCCAGUUAGUGUUCAGCAGGGCUGGCCAAGAUUGUUGCAGGGUGUGACAAGACUCUUCCAGACCCUGCCUGCUGCGCUUAAACUGCGUGAGGAAGCCACCAAGGAGUCUGACUUUACCCUUGAUGACGAUUACGAUGAUGAUGACGAGGACAAUGACUGGGAUGGUGAGGUUGAGUGGAAUGAGGAUGAGGCUGAAGCUGCUCUUGACGACGAUGUUGCCGAUGAGAGUGCCGCCUAUCUUGAGUUCCUCAACCAAGAGGCCCAGAAGUUCGGCUCUUUCGCUGAUGACGAUGAUGAUGAGAUGGAUGAGGAGAGUCUCCUUGAGACACCCUUGGACAAGGUCGAGCCAUACGGCAUGUUCAAGCAUGUCUUCAUGAGCCUUCAAUCUGAGCAGCCUCAGCUGUACGAGACCUUGGCCAAGGUUCUGAGCCCCGAGGAACAACAGGUUCUCCAGGGUGUCUUCCACGAGGCCGAUCAGAAGGCUCUUCUCGCCCAGCAGAAUGCGGAAGCUGCUGCUGCAGCGGGCAUGCAGUCCAACGGCAACCAAUAG